AUGGGGUUGGGACCAUUCUGCCACCUAACUCAAGGAGAUUCCACGUCUUACGAUGUUGUGGUGGUCGGCGGUGGCCACGCCGGGACAGAGGCGUGCGCGGCUGCGGCCCGGAUGGGCGCCCGGACGCUGCUGGUGACGCAAAAGCGGGUCACAAUCGGUGAAAUGUCCUGCAAUCCGUCGUUCGGGGGGAUUGGGAAGGGUCAUCUGAUUCGCGAGAUUGACGCGCUGGAUGGGGUUUGUGGGAGGGCUUGUGAUCGCAGUGGCGUUCAGUACAAGGUUUUGAAUAAAAGGAGGGGGCCGGCCGUUUGGGGUCCGAGGGCGCAGAUCGAUCGUGGGUUGUAUAGGGCGGAGAUUCAGAGGGAACUUGGUGGGACGGAGGGAUUGGAUAUUGUGGAGGCUUCCGUUGAGGAUAUUGUGUUGGAAGGUGGGAGAAUUGAGGGGAUCAGCUUGAAGAACGGUGAUGUGAUCCGUACAAAGUCGUUGGUCAUCACUACAGGGACAUUUCUGAGGGGUCAGAUCAACAUAGGGUUGGAAACGCGUCCGGCUGGUCGGAUCGGUGAUGAACCAGCGAUCGGACUAGCCGCCAGCUUAGAACAGCUCGGGUUCAAGCUAGCCCGGCUUAAGACGGGAACUCCUCCGCGAAUAAAAACUUCCAGCAUCGAUUUCAGCGCGUUGGAACGACACCCGGGGGACAACCCACCGGUGCCGUUCUCGUUCAUGAACGAUCGCGUAUGGCUGCGUGCCGAGGAUCAGCUGGACUGCUUCCUGACGCAUACCAGCCCCGAGGUGAACGAGAUCGUCAAGCGGAAUCUGCACUGCAAUCGGCACGUGACCGAGGAGUUGACCGGUCCACGGUAUUGUCCCUCGAUCGAGUCCAAGGUGCUUCGAUUCGGUGGGAAAACGCAUCAGAUCUGGUUGGAGCCGGAGGGAUUCGACAGUGAGCUGAUCUACCCGAAUGGAUUGUCCUGCACCUUGCCGGAGGAGGAACAGGUCAAACUGGUUCGAUGCCUGCGCGGUUUGGAGAAGGCCGAAGUGGCUCGACCUGGUUACGGCGUUGAGUACGACUUUGUUGAUCCGAGGGAACUCUUCCCGACGCUGGAGACAAAGCGCGUUGGCAGGUUGUUCUUCGCUGGUCAGAUCAACGGAACUACCGGGUAUGAGGAGGCGGCAGCGCAGGGUGUUCUGGCUGGAGCUAACGCCGCUGCAAAGGUUCUCGAACGAGAUCAACUUUUAAUCAGUCGAACCGAGGGAUACCUGGGAGUUCUAGUAGAUGAUCUAACCACACUCGGCACGAACGAACCCUACCGAAUGUUCACGAGUCGGGCGGAGUUUCGACUCAGUCUGCGACCGGACAACGCUGACUUGCGGCUGACGGAGAAGGGUUAUCAACUUGGACUCGUUUCGGAGGAACGCUACCAGCAGAUGGUCACAAUCCGGAGCAAAAUCCGGCGGGCGGUUGAACUUCUCAGUGAUAUCAAGAGGGGGAGCAACACGUGGAAGGAGCAGCUGCGGUUGCCACAGGGCAAGUCCAGCAUCUACAAGAGUGCGUUCGAGAUGUUGGCGGUUUCGGUGGAUGAUGUGAGGACGGAACAGCUGUGCGAGCUGGAACCGACGGUGCUGGGGUGGAUCGCGGAGGAUCGGGUGUUGUGCGAGCGGUUGAAGAUUGAGGCCCUAUACAGUUUGUCCAUUCAAGACCAGAUUAAGGAGGUCGAGGAAGUGCAAAAACACGAGCAACUCCAUAUUCCAAAGUCUAUUGACUAUCUUUCCAAAUCUCUAAAUUUGUCUUUCGAAGAACAGGAGAAACUGGUUCACAUACAACCUCAGACGAUCGCCGCAGCCAGCCGGAUCCAAGGCAUCACUCCGUCAACCAUUGUCCGAUUGGUGAGAUUCGUGAAACAGUACGAGAUGGCUUCCCAAACCCUUCACUAAAAGGAAAACUCCAAAAAUCACUACAAGUCAAACUU